ACCUCCAGGAAAAAAGUUACAAAUCCCGGAUGCAAGACGUAAUGUAUGUAAAUUUGAGAUGGGGUUGGGCUUCCCAGGUAUUUUGAAAUCAGUAAAAAGUCAGUCACCUGUCAGUGAGAGAGCAUGCCAGUGUGCGUUUGACUGUCAUCACAUCGUCACCACCUGUUCUAAGAGGCAAACCAUGACUGGAACAAUGACAGAGAAAACUAAAGAAUCUAUCUUUAAGGGAGUGGAUCUCCACCCACAGACCAACAACGUUAACCACCGCACCAAAGAAAUCUCCCUGACUCAGCUGAUUGUGAGGCGGGGCCAGCCCUUCAAACUGACCCUUAGUCUGAGGCAACCUUUUAACCCUUCUUUUAACCCGCUACGCAUCUCUGCAGUGACAGGAAAACGUCCCACUGAGAAACAGGGGACGUUAUCACUCUUCGGUGUUCCAGAUGUAGUCACACGUUCACCAUCAGCCAAGGCAGUGUGGAAGGUGGAGCUCGACAAGGGUUCCUCCCCAACAACAGGCAACCUGAUCCUCACCAUCACCCCCCCGGCUGACACCCCCAUAGGGGAGUACACCAUGACUGUGAAGCACAGAGAUCAGGAAAUGGUUCUGGCAAAACCUGUGGUGCUCUUCAACCCCUGGUGUCCCGAUGACUGGGUGUAUCUGAAGGAUGAGAAUGAGAUAAACGAGUAUGUGAUGAACGAACAAGGAAUUAUCUACAAAGGAACUAACAACUACAUUGAUUCUUGCAACUGGGACUUUGGACAGUUUGAAGACGACAUGGUGGACAUUUGUUUGAGGAUCUUGGACCUCAACCCCAAGUACACGAAAGACCCCGGUGAUGAUGUCUCAGCUCGCUGUAACCCCAUCUACGUCAGCCGCGUGGUCAGCGCCAUGAUCAACUGUGAUGAUGACCGUGGUGUCCUGCAGGGACGCUGGGGAGGUUCCUUUAUAGGCGGGGUCUUACCCUCUCACUGGACCGGCAGUCACGCCAUCCUUAAGCGCUGGUUCGUCAUCGGCUCCUACCCGGUCAAGUACGGCCAGUGCUGGGUGUACGCCGGUGUGAUGUGCUCAGUGAUGCGCCUGCUGGGCAUCCCCUGCCGCGUGGUCACUAACUACGAGUCAGCCCACGACAACGACCGGAGCCUGACCAUCGACGUGUACCACGCCGACUUCGGCGUCAGAGAGAAACCAUCCCAAGACAGCGUUUGGAACUUUCACGUGUGGGUGGAGGCGUGGAUGAAGCGGCCAGACCUGGCAAAGGACGGCAAAUAUGACGGCUGGCAAGUUGUGGAUCCAACACCACAGGAGAAGAGCCAAGGUGUUUACUGCUGCGGUCCAGCCCCCGUCGUAGCCAUCCUGAACGGAGAAACAGACAUCAAAUAUGACACCCCGUUUGUCUACGCCGAGGUCAACGCCGACUACAUUCAAUGGCUGGUCAAAGCUGACGGUUCUAAAGUGAAGAUGGCCACUGACACGGCGAGAGUCGGUCAGAAUAUCUCUACCAAGGCUGUCGGCUCCAAUAAGAGGCUGAACAUCACCGACAGCUACAAAUACAGAGAGGGAACAGAGAAAGAGAGGUCUAUCUUUUACUACGCCACCACCAGAGACCACUCCAAGGUGGAUGAGGAGGAUAAGCCAGGAAGCCAUGUCACCCCCCCUCACCCUCCGUCAGCGCUGGUGUCCAUGCAUUUUGAAGAGGUGACUCCACCCAAGAACUGUGAGGAUGUGAAACUGAAGCUGGUGCUGCAGAGUAAGAGCAGUGCUGCCAUGCGACUGUCCAUCAACAUCAGCGUCCAAGCCAUAAGGCACAACGGCUCGCCAGCUGGGACCAUCCAGACCGAGGUGAAGGAGGAGACACUACUCCCUAGGAAAGAUCUCUCCGUCCCUAUCCAGGUUCCAUUCUCCGUCUACUGGAAACCUAUGUUGGAGUGUGACAUCAUGAAGGUUUCAGCCUUGGUCAAAGACAAAGACAAGCCAGAUAACGUGUACCUGGCUGUGGAUGACGUCGUGCUGCUCGACCCUCCUAUCUCCAUCACGGUUUCUGGUUUUACCAAACUGAACAGAGAAGCAGAAGGGGAGGUGGUUUUCAUGAACCCGGUCACCGAGACGCUGAAGGACUGUACUCUGAAUAUCUCUGGGAGUGGCCUGUUGAAAGAGGACAUUGAAGUCAAGAUUCCAGAUUUGAAGAAAAACAACCGGAUACGUGUCAAGUUCCCCUUUGUUCCCUACAAGCUCGGCAAGAAGACGCUCGUGGCCAACCUCGACUGCUCCACCUUCAGGGACAUCAAGGGCAGCUGCGCUGUCGAUGUAAAGCUGUAAAACCUCUGCAUCGCUGAGGAAGAGUCAAACGUUGAAGGGUUAAAGUUCAUAUCUUGCUCCUUUGCAGAGAAAGACAGCUGCAGUCAGUUUAGAUACACAACAAAUCCACAAUUUACAAUUUUACCUAUUUUGCCACUUGCUUUUAAAAGACUCAAAUCCAAUUGCUACAUUCUACAAUGUUACAUCCUAUUUGGCCACCAGAAGGCAGAUUGC